UUGGUCUCUAAAACAGUUGUGUAAAAUCUGGUCAAGUGUCUGGUGUGUAUAUGUGUGGAGCUGAAACAUUACCACAAAGACAGAACAUGUUGAAGCUUCUCCUUGGGAUAUGUCUCCUGGGGGGGUGUGCGAGACAUGUUUAUGGAAACAAAACAAUUCUCGCUAAUGAUAACGCGGAAAAUUAUUUUUCUGGAGCAGUAGUCAAUCCCGAAGAUAAAUUUUCUUCCGGGCCAACACAUGCAUCCGGUAAUCAACCACAAUAUGAUGGAGGAAAACCACCUUUUGUGGCUCCAGGCAUCAGGAUGACCAAAAAUGAAAGUGAUUAUAGAAAUAAACCAAACUUAGAAGUAGUGCCCAGAGAUGCACACAUAUCCACCAAUACUUCAACAUGGAGACCCAGCAGACCACCACCUUCAGAAGACAACAAUAGACUAUCACCUUCAGAAGACAAGAGUGGACCACCACCUUCAGAAGACAACAGUGGACCACCACCUUCAGAAGACAACAGUGGACCACCACCUUCAGAAGACAAGAGUGGACCAUCACCUUCAGAAGACAACAGUGGACCACCACCUUCAGAAGACAACAGUGGACCAUCACCUUCAGAAGACAACAGCAGACCACCACCUUCAGAAGACAACAGAGGACCACCACCUUCAGAAGACAACAGUGGACCACCACCUUCAGAAGACAACAGCAGACCACCACCUUCAGAAGACAACAGUGGACCACCACCUUCAGAAGACAACAGCAGACCACCACCUUCAGAAGACAACAGAGGACCACCACCUUCAGAAGACAACAGUGGACCAUCACCUUCAGAAGACAACAGUGGACCACCACCUUCAGAAGACAACAGCAGACCACCACCUUCAGAAGACAACAGCAGACCACCACCUUCAGCAGACAACAGUGGACCACCACCUACAGAAGACAACAGUAAGCCAUAUGAUUCACCUGUAAUACACGAGGCAGCCAUUCAGGAUGACAGAGAAGGACCUGGGUUAUCAGAUAAAGGAGAAACUCACAAAGAAGAAAUUUAUUCUGAGAGAGGCAACACUGAGGGUCUUCACCAGGGCACUGAAACACAGCCACAAGACGAAACAGAUAAGAAUAAUGACAGUACUUAUACAAGUAUGGAGACUAACAGAAGCUCUCAUGACGACAAAGAUGCACCUCAUGACCACCGACACACACCACCUUCAGACCCCGAGGUGAUGGACCCGAGGACCCCUAGAACAAUUGACCUGUGCUCUAACUGUCUUUGUGAUCCUCCAAAAAGGAACGUCGUCUGUAAGCACGAUCAUCUGAAUGAUGGAACAUCACACCACUUGGUCCUGAAUAAGGGGCUUAUCCCUCACAACUCCACAUCUCUACACAUAUUGGGUUUUGAAACAGUGAUAAUACAUAAAGGAACAUUCUCCAGCGAGAGUCUUGCGCUCCGUCAAAUUCACUUUGAAAAUAUUGGCACGAUCCGACUCUCCAAAGAAUCUCUAUUCUUCAAUUCCAAAGCAAAAGAAAACAUGGAGACAGUGGUAUUAUUCACAAGAUGCAACAUCAAGGAAAUACCAACAGAAGCUGUCACUCAAUACUCAAGAAGUAAGGACCAGAGAAAUGACAUAGACUUAGAGGAGACAAGAUUCUUGACCAUGCAGUUUAGGUGGUGCAACAUAACAACCAUCAGAAGUUAUGCAUUUUACCAGGCAAGACUUCUUUACUUUACGAUGAGCCACACUAAGGUGGAACAUAUGGAAGAAAACUGUAUAUAUCUGGACAUUUAUGAAGAGUGGGUUGUGGAAGACAGUCACCUUCCUAAGCUUGAGCAGCAAACCAUCAGUUUACGGGCACAGAUGAUAGUUGUGUUUUCCCGUAACAUCAUUGACGGACUAGAGAACAGGUCCUUGAACAUUAAUUCAUCUAAUCAGGUGUUGUUUGAAUACAACUCAGUCUCUCAUCUGGGGUCAGAAGCACUGAUGGGAAUAAAGCCAUCAGGAUAUGCACGUGGAGCAAACAUAGUCUUCCUCAACAACUCAAUUGCAAAAGCAGAUAACGGAUCUCUUGCCACCAGCAGAAAUUAUCCAGCUCAUGAACGUAAAGUACUGGAUAACAAGUUUGGCAUUGUUUGUGACUGCAAUAUCAAACUCAAUUUCAGACACCUUCUGGGCAUCACUACAGAGAAUGACUACUAUGAUCAAUCAACUUACCAGACAGUGAUUGAAAAAUCCCUCUGUCAAAGGUUUGCUGAAGUAGAAACAUAUAAAUAUAUUGAAAGCUAUUACAAUGAAGAAUGCACACCACUGCCACUCCCAAUCAUCAUAUCAGCAUCAAUUGUCUUGGCACUAAUAAUCAUCACCAUUAUAGUAUGUGUAGUCUGCACCCAGCGUGCGGCAAGGGCAAAGGAGGAGGCAAAUUAUCUUGGGGAAUGCUGCUACUCCCAUAGCUUUUCAACUCUUCACUCUAACCCUGGACCCCUCGUGCCAUUACAAAAUCAUCAGUGUCAAUCCUGGGAACGAGGUAAUAAUAUUCAAUCAUGGGUAAUGGCAGUGCCAGAAGUUAAAACAUAUCAAGAGACAGAAGUGGAGAUGCAUUAUGAACACACAGAACCCAUGAAUGUCAGUUUAAGAGGCUCAUAUCCUGAACCCCUUAUUGAUUUCCAUCGAAAGACUCAGGUUCGUGCUUCAUGUCCUUUCAACUAAAACUUGGAUAAAGUAAAGUGUAAUGAUGAUUGGCUGCUUAGAUGAGAAACUCACAAAUAUUGAAUCAAUGAGUCUCAUAUCUAUGGAACUUCUGAACCAAACUUAAAAAAGAAAAAAAAAUCAUAUAUUUACAGCACAAGCACCUGCAGUCCUGUAUAAGCAUCAAUAAACAUUUAGAUGCUGCAUUAUCCCCGGCUUACAUAGCAAAAUACUUGACUGUGGGUGACAACAAUACAUCUAUAUAAUGACUGAAUAAGUGAUCAUAGUUUUAUCACUGAAUUGUUAAAAGGUUAAAAAAAAUUAAAAAUAUAAAUGUGAUGUUUCAUAAUUUGUUGAUGAAAUAGUGACAGAAUCAUAAUACAUUGUCAUAAACCAAUCCACUAGUGUUAUAAUCAAGAAGAGUUCAUCUACUUCACACACUCACUCCAGCUGUAUAUAAUUGCUACCUGAAAAGUUUGCUUAAGUUUUAAUAAUAAUGAUGUGUGAGGACAAACCUCUUUUGGAUGAUGUGAACAUUAGGCACCCCAGCUUAAUUCACCUCAUGAUUAAACAUCCUAACCUAACAUAGAGUAACCCCCCCCCUCCCUGGUGAUAAGGUGUAUUAUCAACAGGUAAAAAAAAGCUGGGGUGCCUAAUCUUCACAUGACCUCUUGUUUGAUACUCAAUGUACAUAACUGUUACCAUAAUAAAAUCCAUGUACAAUAUAUUUAUGAUGUAGUUUUAAGUUACUAUCUGUAGCCUAUACAUAUUAAAACAAUUUUUUUUA